AUGUCAGACAGUCAGCUGCCCAGCGAUUACCUAUUACCUCCCCCCCCUCCCCCCCCCCCUCCCCCUCCCCCCCCUCCCCGUCCAAGUGAAAAACGAGUCGAACCGCCCCGGCGCCGUAGCCGCCCUUCUCUGCUAAGCCGCCUGCUCUCGGACCUGGUCCUCGACUCUAAGCUAGAGGCGACGGACCUGCAGUCUUGCAUCCGUCACACCUUUACCCGGCCCGGUGGCGCGGCCGAAGAGCGAAUCGUGAGGGUCGAGGAGCGGUGGGUGCGCGAGGCGAUGUUGGGCGGGGGCGCGCAUGGCGUAGUGUACCGCGAGCGGCUCGAGGGUGUAGGCAGGAUUCGUGCGAUCAAGGAGAUCAAGAAAAGCAUUGGCGCCGAGCUGGACUAUUCGAGGGAGCUCGAGGCAAUUGUCAAGUUCUCGCACCGCAGGUACGCCCACUGUUUCGUUAAUUCUGACGGCUGGUUCGAGCUCGGCGACUCCAUCUUUAUCUCGAUGGAGUACCUUGAGCUCGGCGACCUCGAGAGACAUAUCGCGCAGCCGCUCGCCGAGACCGAGGCCCGUCAGAUUUCCUCCCAGGUCCUCGAAGGUCUCGCGUACAUGCACGAAAACGAUUUCCUGCAUCGCGACCUAAAGCCGGGGAACAUCAUGGUUGUCGCUAAACAGCCAAAAUGGUUCGUAAAAAUCGCAGACUUUGGCGUUAGCAAGCGACAACUCCCCGACGUGACGCUCCAAUACACAUCCAAGUGGUGUACUUUUAAUUACGCCGCCCCCGAGCAGCUUGAGUUCGGCCUAGGUACCGGCACGGUGCGGACCUCACCGUUCGCCAUGGAUAUCUGGUCGUUCGGCGCCAUCGCAUACCGCAUCCUCACGGCUACGGUCCCGUUCCGGCUGAGCGCCCUGGUCGCGUACGCAGAAGGGCGGUGCGAUUUUCCCUACGAGCCUCUACGGCGAUUCUACGUCUCAGAGAGCGCAGCCGAGCUCCUCGCCGCGACCAUGAGCGCACUCCCCGGCCUGAGGCCUUCCGCCUCUGCUGCGCUUAAACACAAUUGGUUCCGGGAGGGGCUACAGGAAGUCAUAUACAGCAGCAGUGACGAUGCACCUCUAAACGACGCAUCGGGUAAAGACUUAACCAGCGCGUCGGAUGCUUCUGCCGCGUGGAGCACGGCUUCCGUAGACUGAGGCGCUGGAGACGCAACAGCGAAGAGACCCCCUCAAACUGCCACAUCGGCGUUGGGCAAUGAAGCCGCAGAAUUGGCUUGGGAGCUCGAAGCCUCUAAGUCAAUGCACCCCCUGUUCGACCACCCCCCCUGUUCGGACACUCUGUAGCCCCACAGCAUGGAAUCUUCUAAAGUACUCACGCCCUCAUAUUUCUGUCAAUUCUGGUCCGUUUUCCUUACUUUUUUUUGCAAUUUAAUGCCCAAAUGCCGGAAAAACCAUAUAUAAAAUAAAACGUCGAAAGGGCCGUUGCUGCGGUACAUGCGAAAGUCGGAAUUUGCAAAGCUGUUUGUAUGCAUGGCAUCCCCAGGUUAAUUUUAUAUAACCGUUUUAAAAGCG